GCAGUUGCUAUAUUUGUUCAAAUAAAAAUAGUUGAUCAUGGAAAAAUAUCAAGAGAUUUAUAUAAAGAUUUGACAAUAGCAGAUUAUCAUUUGACACGUGAAUAUGUAAUUUCUAAUAAACUAAUUGAGAUUACCAAUUAUAUAAAUCAAAAAAUCAAAUUUUCAUUGGUGGAUAUGAAAGAAAAAGAUAUUUUAGAAAAUAUAGAAUUUGAAGAAUCAAAUAUUACAGAUCCUGAAAUAGUACAAGAAGUUUUAGAUACAAUGGGAUUAGGUGUUUGUCGAAGUGUAAAAGAUAUUUUAUAUUAUAUCAUAUCACAUUUGCAAAGGGAGUCAAUUUUAGAUUUAUCAAAUCCAAUUAUACAUUUGCGAAUUUCAGGUAAUGGAAAAAAUAUUAGAUGA